AUGCUGUCUUUUAAGGUUUUAAAGCCCCUUAAGCAUUACUGGUGUAGCACAAGUUACAUUGCAUGCGUUUGUCAUGCCCAGAAGUACCGAUCUCUGUCAGUUUUUGAAGGAGGCAUAUACUCCCCAUGCCUACCCCUGGACACUGCUCCGAGUCCUGGGCUGGCUCCAAGGGGCUGCAGUUUGCUUCCCCUCAUCAAAACAGUGCCCCUGGUCACCCUUUCCCGGGGUGCAGCCUUCCUGCUUGCUCCUGGUGCAUCCCCUUCCGCACACGUUUCAGGGCUCUCAGUUGCACCGUGCUGGGAAUGGCUCUCGUCCCUUGUGUUACGCCUGGGCUUAGGCUGAAUUAUAGCGAGCUAAGCCUCGGAUGGGAGUGAUGUUUUCAGAGUGUUUUUUCCCUCCCUAGAGCUACAUCGACCGUUUCCCAGGGCGCUGUGGCUCCGUGCGUGCCCCAUGCACACAGUGCUCUGGUCCUUCUGGCACGUGCUACCUCUUGGCAGCACCAGCAGGUAAGAGCCGCCCAGUGAAGUGGGCCAGCUGGGCUUCGCACAGGUGCCAGCCCUCCAGUUAUCUACACAAAAGAAAUCACGUCCUGAGUCUUGGCAGUAACUCUACAACAACAACAACAAAAAACCAACCACAGGGAACAAAAAAACCCAAAGCCUUGAACCAAGGAACGGGCGGUGAUAAAGAGCUUUUAUAUUCCUGGGGGCUGGCCUAUCAGCUUUUAUUGCCCCCUUUCUUUUUUUUUUUUCUUUAAGCAAUGCAAAUCCAAUCUGUUUUCUAGAGCCUCCCAUCUACUACCUCUUCAUAUAGGUCAAGGGGAGCCUGCCAGCCUUUCAGCAGGACAAGCAGGGUGCUCCUGGAGGGUCCUCAUCCCUGCACCAGGACCCCUGGGAGACCUGAGCCUGCAUCUCCAGUUUCUCAAGCCCUCUGCUCUGCAGCAUCCUUCAGUUGUACCCGCAGGGCCAGCUGCCACCAGGACUCUACCUGCUUUGUUCCAGCCCUGCUCAUGGCCGCUGCCAAGUUUGAUCACCCUGCACUGAAGGAGACGAUGGACAUCGACAUCGAGCCCAAGCCCCUGCGGCCCCACUGGUAUGAGCGUUACGUCCAGCCCUGCGUGGCCGAGCUGCUGGGCAGCACACUGUUCAUCUUCAUCGGCUGCCUCUCCGUGGUCGAGGACGCGACGGACACUGGGAGGCUGCAGCCUGCCCUGGCGCAUGGGCUGGCCCUGGGGCUCACCAUCGCUAUCCUGGGGAACAUCAGCGGAGGCCACUUCAACCCCGCCGUGUCCUUGGGUGCGUGGCUGGUUGGUGGGCUGAACAUCACGAUGCUCAUUCCUUACUGGGUCUCCCAGCUGUGCGGAGGGGUGAUAGGAGCUGGCCUGACAAAGGUUGUGGCGGAAAGCAACCAGUAUGUGUAUGCCCACGGAGGAGCCUUCAGCAGCAUCGUGGCCGACGAGCAGAUCUCCUCCGUCCUUGUGGGCGAGAUCAUCAUGACCACCUUCCUGGUCCUGGCGGUCUGCAUGGGCGCCAUCAAUGGGAAGACCAAGACCCCGCUGGCACCCUUCUGCAUCGGCCUCGUGGUCACGGUUGACAUCCUGGCAGGAGGUGGCGUGUCCGGAGCCUGCAUGAAUCCUGCCCGAGCCUUUGGGCCAGCUGUGGUAGCAAACUACUGGGAUUAUCACUGGGUUUACUGGGUAGGGCCCAUGGUUGCUGCUCUCCUCGUCAGCACACUGGUGAGGCUCCUGCUCGGUGACCGGACCACCCGCCUGCUCCUGAAGUGAUGCUGGGUGCGGAGCCACAUGCGUCUGCUGCGGGCAGCCGGUGCAGCUCAACAUGGCCAGCGUCAAGCCCCCUGCUCCUGCUUCUCACCAUCCCACCUCCCCUCUGCGCCCCCCAGGCAGCCUGCGCUCAGGAGAUGGUUCGGUUGAUGCUGCAGGGACGAUGGAAAGCAGCCCAGGUGAACCAGGCAGCCCUGUGCUGGCAGCAGGGCCAGGCAGCACUGCUCCCAUCCUGGUCCCCGGGGCUUUGCCAGCCGCUGCUGCGGCAGCAGGACUGGCUCACCAGGAGCAUCCUCUGACCCACACCAGUGCCCAUGGGGUCCCAGCAUCGGCCAUGCACAGCAUCCAUCCCACCGGGGCCAUGCCAGGGUGUCUGCAGUGCCAGGGAGCCCUGUGCCCUCUAGGGUGGGCACCACUGUCCCAUGCUCAGGUGGCCGAGGGUGCAUGGCUGUAGCCAGCAGCCUGGUGCUGGCCUCCUCUCCAGGAGCAUCUCCAGCUCCCUGGGGCAGGGGGUGAGAGCUGCCCGUUCCCAGCCGCCCUGCGAGGAACCUGCUCUAAUCCUGCUGAGGUAGCAAGAAUCUGAGUCAAGCAGCCCUGCCUGGUGACCAUGCGGCAUCGCUCACCAGCGCUGACGCUAACUGGUUUCUAACUUCUUGGUGACAAUACGAAUUCUGAGGCCUGAUGUGGCUAGCUGCUCUGCCUUGGCAUGCCCCCGGGGGUCCCCUGGCCCCCACUGCUGCGGUGGGUGCUGCGGGGCUCCAUGCCCUGCCCCAUGCUGGCUCCUGCAUUUGUCUCUCACUCAGGCAUCUCUGCUCCCUCCCCGCUCACACCCAGCGCGCGGGGAGCCCACGCUCCAGCAUGGCAGGGUCUCCCUCCACAGGAGCCCGCUCCCCAGCUGUGCUGUGGGUCAGCUGCUCUCCCUCAUGCAGGUGCGGGAUGAGGCCGAGCGGCUCUUGCUGGGGGGCGAGGGGAGGGGGCUGCCUGAGCAGAGGGAGCUGCUGCCAUAAGCAGGAGGAGUCAGCAGACAGAAUUGUGAUGGAGCUGUGUGGGCAGCGGGAGAAGAGCCAGCGCAGCAGCUUUACGUCAGCUGGGUAUCCGUCCCCUACGGCAGCUCUGCCCUGAUUCAUCCUGUGGCCUUCCCGGCCUUCCCUGUGCUGGGGGGAUUCGUAGGGACCCCAUCCCCACCCCUCAGAGGGCCUGUUGGGGGGUGAACCGCCGCAGCAGGGUCAUUGCAAGUACUCCCAGUAAGGAGCCCCUCACCUUACCUGGCUUUAGUCACUCCUAAUUUCGUAAACUUUUGACUUGGGAAAGGGCUGUUGCUUUCCCAGCCCCGACAUGUGUGGCUCUGAGGAGCCCCUGGGCUGGCCCUGGGGCAGGGGCUGUGCUGGGACAGCUGUGCCCCCCCAGCACGGGGCUGACCACCCAGCCCAGCACCUGGGGCACCCAUCCAGAAACAAGGCUGGAGGGCAGGUGGGAAAGGGCUGGGCUGCCACAAGCAGGAGCGAUGGCAUCUUCCCAGGGCCAGGGCCUGUGUGCUGGGCUCCGGCUGUUCUCCCUCUCCUGCUGCCAGCAGGUCUGGAGGGAAACCCUGGGCAAAGCCGGUGCUUCCUCCCUCCCUCCGCAGGCUGCUCCACGCAGAGGCAGAGGAGCUGAUGCUGUGGCAGCGAGGACGUUCCCAGCUUUCUGAUGUCCCCGUGGGGCUGGCAGAGCCUUGCACAAUGUCACCUCGCUAUUUUCAGCUUGUUUUCUAAUUUCCCAGUGCAGGAGGUGACCCACACGCACACAAACACACACAAAGCUGUAUUCUUUUUUAGAAAAGGACAAGGUUGUGGAGAUGCUGAAGUGAGGAAAUGGCAGAACUACAGCAUCCCUGACUUGGGGGUGGGGGUGUGAUUGCCUGCAUCCCUCCCCGCUGGUGGCAUGUGCAGGGCUGGGCAGCGUGGACCCAGGUGAGCCAGGGCACGGGCAGCUGCACACUCAGGAGGGAAAAUGAUGCAACUCACAGAAGCAGACAAAUAGCAUGAAGAUGUCACUGGGACGGUUGUCAUGGCAACGCCACAAAAAAAAUGCCAUACCAAACAAGGAGCAAAGUCGCAGU